UAUAUCCCCACCACUUCUCGCGCAUCAACGUGCAUCAGCUACCGCAGCUCGGGCGUGAAGCGUUUGAUGCGGAGUUGAUGCAUCAACAGAAAAGGCGCCUUUUUUAUUCAAGUGUGCACAAUGGCAUUGGUCGAAGUCCCAGUCAUUGAUGAAAAUAAUGAAGUUUUUACUCUUAUACUGGAUCAAGAAACUGCUGCAAAGGCAAAUCAAGAUCCACAGUUUUUGCAAGAUAUCUUUAUUAAAUGGAAAGAAAAUAAAUGUAAUACUGAGGGACUUAAUAAUGGAAAUAAAGAUGUAUUGUGUGUGCCUGAAAUUAACACCACUGAAGAACCUGAUGAAUCCAAUUCAAAAUCUUUUGUGUGGCCUGACGCUGCAGUACUUUUGCUUGUUGAAUUAUAUAGAGAAAGAGAGCAAGAAUUUAAUACCGGCAUGAAAAGACACAAUAUCAUUUGGGGAGAGAUUGCUGCCCAAAUAAAAGAAACUGACAAAAAGUAUAUAGUUACUGGUCUUCAAUGCUCAACAAAAUUUGCUGGCCUCAAACGGACAUAUAAAAAUAUAUAUGAGCAGAAUAAAAAAAGUGGUAACUCCCACAGUAGUUGGGCUUUUUAUUCAGUAAUGGAUUCAUUACUUGGUGAAAAGGCAUAUAUACAACCUCCAGCUGAAGCGUCCAGCGAAGGUCCAUCACAACCGAUACUAUCUACAUCAGGAUCUUUAUCUCCAGCGAGUUUCUCAGAGGAUUUACGAAGUGCGCCUAAAAAAAGACGAGUUGAGAAUAUUCUAAAAAUUAUAUUGAUAAUAUAA